GCCAUAACCGUCGACCGUGCCGACUACCGAGUAUAGAUGCCGUCACAACUCAACCUCCAACUUACAACCAAGGUCAAAUUAAAACACCGAAUAUUCAGUGAUUAGUAGUUAUCAGCAACUGCAGCAAUCCAUCUCUUCAGAAUGGCACCCAAAACUCCGCCCCCGAAGGUGCCGACGGUCGCCGAGACGCUCAAGCAUCCUGCCUAUCCAACCGCAAUCUGGAACCUGGAGCCAGAUCGUAAGGGCCUGGUUCCCGUGGCCGAAGGCCGGGGCGGGCCCUUGAACAUCUCAUGGGAGAUUCACGGUGCCGGCCCAAUCAAGCUCUUUUUCAUCAUGGGCCUCGGCGGUCUCAAAUCCGCCUGGCAGCGCCAAACCCUGAACUUCGGUCACGAGCGACGCGACCAGUACUCGGUGCUGCUCCUAGACAACCGCGGCAUGGGCGACAGCGACAAGCCACUGAUGCGCUACAGCACGAGCGAGAUGGCGCGCGACGUCGCCGAGGUGCUCGCCCACCCGUCCGUGGGCUGGCUCCCCUCCUUUCCCCUCCCCUCCCAAGUUGAACGCACCCUCCACGUAGUCGGCAUCUCAAUGGGGGGAAUGAUCGCGCAGGAGCUGGCGGCGCUCAUCCCCAACGCCAUCUCCUCCCUCUCGCUGGUCUGCACGGCCGCCGCCAUCGAAAACACCACCACCUGGGCCGAGAACAUGGCCCAGCGCGCCUCCCUGCUCCUCCCCAAGACAGUGGACCGCUCGGUCGCCGACACAGCGCGGCAGAUCUUCUCACACGAAUGGUUGAACCAGCUCGACGACGUGCACCUGCCAGACCCAAAGACCACGCCCAAAUGCGGCCCGCCCCUCACCCCCUCCAGCCGCACUUCCCCCGUUGAUGACAGCAGCAGCAGUAGCAGUACUGGUCCAGCAUACCUCAAGUUCGACACCAACGCGCAGCGCUUCGUGGCCCAGGAAAUGCACAAACGCCUCGACACCUCGGGUCGGUUCGGUCUCAAGGGAUUCCUCCUACAAAUGAUCGCGGCGGGCUGGCACCACAAAAGCCCCGCGCAGCUGGCCGACAUGGCGGACCGGGUCGGGCGCGAGCGGAUCCUGGUGAUGCACGGCACCGAGGACGGCAUGAUCAGCGUGCCGCACGGCCGGAAGCUGAUUGAGUACAUCCGGCCGGGCAAGGGCAUGAUUCUCGAGGGAAUGGGCCAUGCGCCAUUGGUCGAGAGGUGGGAAUGGUUCAACCGGGUUGUGGAGGAGCAGUGCAAUUUGGGGGAGAGGUUAGAUGGAAGGCGGGCAUGAUUGAUUAGUGGUCGUAUGGUUAGAUCGGGGUUCUGGGUGUUCUGGUUGUGUCCUUUGGGAACUGUAUCAUUGGAGUAAGGUGAGCUGGGAAAAGGCUGUACAUAGAAGGUUUAUUUAGCCAUGGAUGACGCGCUAGCACACUCAUGAGAGGGUAUCUGCAACAUUCUUCAACCGAUCCACCUGGGGCACCUGCCUCAGAGCAUGACAAAGCCAA